AUGUCUCAAACAGACAGUUCCAAUUUAGAAGCACUGCUGUUCGAGAAGGCAAAAGCCUACCUGAUGCGUGCAAACAAAGAUGGUGUCAGCGUUUAUGAUCAGCUUGUCCGAAUCAUGGAGUUAUUAUUGGAUGAGAAUCCGGAGGAUGCAGCCCACAACCCGGAGAAGUUUGAAAACGUUCUACGUCUGCUUCAAAAGCAUGCGUUUGUUCUUGGUGAAAGCACGGAUUCGUGUAACGAGCCUGCAUCAAUCUCACCUAUUGAGCUGAAAUAUUUGCGAGAAAAUGAAGCCCUCUUCCAACGGCCAGAACCUGAGGUCCAAACCACCAUUGAGCAACCAGAUCCCUGCACUACCGUUACCACUACCAAAAUUAAACCGCUAACGGCGCCUUCAUGUGAUUCCAUUACACAGCAUAACAAAUUCUGGUCUGAAGCCGGAUACGGAAUGACAGAAGAAGAAGCUUUCUUCUUUGAGCGUUCUAUCACAAAGCUUGCGAUGGAUAAAGGCUUGGCAGAAGUUCGCUUUGUUGGAAAAAUAUUCGGUAGAUAUGCUAAUUAUAUCGUCAUCUCCAGCCGCCGCUAUCUCCAACCAGGCGAAAAAAUUUAUCAAGAGAUAAAUACCAUACCAAAACCACCACGCAAAAAGGCGGAGGUCCCGACGCAACCAGAGCCCGGUUUCGUGGGUACAAACCGGCUAUCCUACUGGGUUGCCUCACGCCCCUCAAGUGGAUGGGUGCUCCUUCCUGACGUAACACCACAGCAAAUCAACGCCGCGCGACGCAUUAACAGUCGCUUCACUGGAAACCUAGAUGCCGAUGUCGUCGGGAAUCCUCCGUUUCCAUGGAAAGAGUCCGUAUAUCUUCGCGCGCAAUUAUCAAGAAUUGUAAGUGGAACCUUCAUCUCACCUGUCGGUGCACUUGAGAGGCCUGAAGAGGAUUCAGAGGAGUUUGAAAGUGAAGAAUACGCCGACGAUGAUGAGCAAUUUUCACAUACUCAACCAAAGGAAGCAAAAUACCGCCCACUCACCGUCCCAGCACCGGGGUACGGUGAAGACGAAAUGGAUGUUGCCCAGCUUGCUUCGCUGGACCAAUGGGUGCAUUCUGAUAGCAUGAUUUUAAAUAACGGACGCCAAACAAAAGUACCAGAAAAAAUAGAAAACGAAGAUGAAGAACAAGAUGAGGACAAAGAUAACCAAGAUGUUGAGUCUGAUGAAGAAGAGGAAGUCGAAGAGGAGGAAGAGCCAGAGCUGUUUAGUCCCAUCAAGACAGACUACUUGCACGCAGUCAUUAACAUUCCUCAGCCGCCCCCGGAUCUUGAUGAGGAAGAGGAAGAAGAAGAAAAAACACAGGAAGGUGCGGAAGGAGAGCAAGAGGAAGAACCAGAGGACAACACACCAGUAAAACCCCUGAAUGACGAUGAUGUUCCUGACGACGACGUCACGAGACUAAAAGUGGCGGCGUGGAAGAUACGUAUCGUGAACAAUACAAAUAAGGACCAUCGAAUUGUGGCAGUUCACUCCUUAAGAUGGCCUGGUGCUUUCGCGUAUGCUGGAAACAAUGGCAAGCGCUGGGGUUGUGCGUACUUCGGAUCCGGCCUUAAAAAGAUGGACUAUGUAUUCACACCUCCACCGGCGCCGCCGAUUUUGUCUGAGUGCUCUGAUCUUGUGGAGGCAAUGGAUCCAACUGCAGCUGUAGAAAAGCUUGCUCGUCGUGGAGAAGAGCCACCAGAGGGUGACAGUGAGGACGAGCUCGAAGAGGCUGAGGAUGGUGGAGCCAUGUAA